CCAAUGGUUGUCAUGUGGAAUAUCGACCAUUUUGUAAAGAAUUUUGUUUCGCAUUCUCAUCUCGAAGAAGAUUCGAUUCUAUAUCAAAUGCAGGGAGUAUGAAACGAGAGUGAGUUUUAUCAAAAUAUCAGAUGUUGAGUUUCGUAAAUUGGUGCUCUUUGUCUUUAACGGACUAAAGUUUUAACGAAUACGGCUGAUAAUCUACAAUGACGGAGCGAACUAUUGCAUCCCGUCCAACACUGGAGCAGGUGGUGGCGAUAGUGGACUUCAUGGAGAAGAACCCUGCACUAGCACUGGGACAACUUCGCGGUCUAGAGGGACGAGACCAGGGCAAGAGGCUGUGGAUGCAACUCACUCGGAUCGUCAACAAUAUCAAUGGUCCCACACGGCCUAUGAAGUCUUGGAUUAAAUUUUGGGCAGAUAAAAAAUCAACGGUCAGAGCCAAGGUAACAUCCGAUGGUGGUAAUCCCGGGAACUUGACCUCCAACAUAGAGAAGAAGAUUUGGGACCUCUUUUUGGCUAAUGAUACGCCAAAAACACGCAAUGCGGUGAAGCAAGAGGCUUUUAUGGAGGAGAACUUCUUCAAUGAAGACAGUAUGGAUCAAAAUCACAUGGAGUCAGACACCGUGCUCGCGUUCGAAGAACCCAUUGUUGAUGUUGAAGACAGACAUAUCGCUAUUAUGGAGAAAUUGGUGAAAGUAAUGAGCGACCAAGCGUCCGCCAUGACGCAACUGGCGCACGCGUCUCACGCCAACUCACAAGCCAUGGAGCGAUUGGCUGAGGCCUCGCAUUUACAGGCUCGAGCAUUAGACCGAUUAGCAACCACCUUCGAAUCUAUAGGUGCAGCGACCCACGACGUUCGUAAUGCAAUUGUCGAUAUCGACUCGACCAUGAAGCGGUUCUACAGUACAUCGCCCACUUAGCACAGGUAUCUGUGAGCCCUGGGCUAGAGCGAUAUCGCUGUACAAAUACUCUAAAAGUGAAAUGUCGAGACCUAAAGUGUUACAAGUGCAUUUAAAGUGAAGUAAUUUGGACCUUAAGUGACAAGUGUCGAUGUAAAGUGUCCCUUUUUAAGCAACAUUGAGAGAAAUGUUCCUAAGUGUAAAUUAUGUGUACAAUAAGAUUAGAGGCAUACUUUGAAAGUGUAAGGACCUAACAUGAUUUGUCCGUAUGACAUUGUUUAUUUGCAUUUGCAUCAAAUGUUGAGGGAAUGAAAUUGUGAAACAAGAACAUAAUUGUAAUUUAAUAUAGUAUGUAGAGUUGCUUGAAGCCAUAAUGUACCUAUCUCUAUCCAGCAUGCAAAUAAUCUUAAUGACAAGUCUCCAAUAACCGUUUUUAAUGUACGAACUCAGAUGAUCACAUGAUUGAUAUAACAAGUCUUAGCUGUAAGUAUUCAUGAGUCAGCAACGUCAAAGGACUGUUAGAUUUCCUUGGGGAAUUAGGUUGGCUGUAGCGAUCCAGCCGUUUCAGGUAUCACCCAAAAUAGGCGCUCAUUACAAGAAUGAAUUGUAAUGUAGAGUAACAAAAAAAUAAAUUGAUAAACAGAUAUUUUAAUUAAGACUGUGUUGUAUCAACACGUAGCAAGUAUUACAACUUAUUUUAAAUUAAAUUAAAUGUGUUGUGAAUAUUAUGAAGUAGUCAAUUCAGUUCAGUCGCAGGGAACAAAAUGUUUGUAAUUAGUACAUAAUAAUAUUAGUACACUACUGCAUAAAGUUUGUACUCACUAUAUACUUACUGUUUACGUUGUAACUACUUAGGUAUGUAACUAAAUCAAAUCCAUAAUAAAUUAUAUAAAUAUAAAAUCGUCUCGAGGCAUAUUUCAUCGCAUCACGGGCUUCGAUCAAUACACAGAUUUUAUAUAGCGUUUAUUGGUCAUAGCCCGCGGUAUACUUAUACGCCCGUAGCCAAUGCAGCAGUGGCAGUUUUAUAAACUUAUUAUAGUAAUAAUUAUUAUAACACCCAUAUUUAUAUUUUAUACAUCACAUUAAUGCUUCCUUAAUAUUGUAUUACUGACGUAUUUUGAAAUUAAGUACGAAAUGAAAUAAUUUUUCAGUU